AUGUGGAAGAAAUUAGCCUUUUUCAUUUCAUUUGUAUUAUUGUCAUUCAGUAUUGAUCAAACUUUUUGUGGACCAAUACGGAGAAAAGAUCCAAAAAAAAUACAAAGUUUAAAUUCACUAUGUCGUCUAUUGAAUUAUGGAGAAUUUAAUGAGCGUGGUAUAAAAACAUUUACAUUAAACAAUCCUAAUGAACCCAUUAAGAAGUAUCAAACUGGAUAUAAAAAUCGAGUAGAAUACGUUCGUGCAGUUAUUACAUUUCAAGCUGUACAAAAUAAAGGCUCACCAACAAAUGACGCUGCUCGAAAAUAUGCACGAGAAAUGGGAAAAUCUACAGAUGAUGCUGGUCAUAUUAUUGGAAAUCAAUUGGGUGGUACUGGUCGAAGUCUCUAUAAUAUUUUUCCUCAGAGCCCUAAUAUCAAUCGAGGUGCAUGGAGUAGAGAAGAGAAAGAAAUUCGUAAUUUAGUCUUAACUAACAAACAGCCUAUUGAAGUUAUUGUUCAACUGUAUUAUCCAACACCAACAGCAACAAGACCAAACCGUUUUACAUACCGGACAGCUUAUAACAAUACUUGUCGUUCGGCUAAUGUCUUCAACCCUUAA